AUGGGGGCUUCUCCGUCAAAGGAAGAGGUGGCAGUGCUCAAGUUUCUCCUACAUAUACUCUCUACGAGAGGACUGAGUUAUGACCUGUCUACCUUGAAGGCGCUGUUAAUUUGGGCGUGUGAUAAAAAGCUUAUCCCCACGAUUGAGACUGCCUAUGCUCAGGACACUUGGUCCAAAAUUGGGGCUGUACUGUGGGACGAAGUUAGUGAAGGAUCCAAGGAGGCGGUCAAAUUCUCCACUGCGUGGAGAUUAAUCUCGGAGACUUUGACGGAAAUGCAAGCAGAGCGACGUGCUGCUGCUGCGGCGUUCAUGGCGCUGUCUCCUGAGAAGGAAACUAACCCUACAGGACUGUCUUUUGGUGAACCUCCAGGAAUCGUUGCGCCGCAGCCCCGAGAAAGGCCGGUGCCUGUAGCAAUUCCUAAGGUGCUGCCGAAAGAAGAACCUGUUCCUGUAGGGGAAGCCGAGGGUUUUCCUCCUCCUCCUGCAACUGAAGGGGGAGAAGAAGCCUCGGAAGAGUUGCAGCAGAAUCCUACCGCUGAGUUACCUCUUUAUCCUCCUUUACCGCCAUCCCCAUCGUCAUCGAGUACUGAGGGUGGGGGUGGGGGGUUGAAAGAUCAUCAGUUCUGGGAACUAAUUAAGAAAUUAGAAGUGUUGGAAGCUCGCUUAGAUGCUCAAUCUGUUAACCCUCCACCUGCUUAUCCUCCUCCCAUGCACGGGGCCUCGGGAAUAGAUGGGCAUGGGGGAGAUGAGAGGGGAGGAAACGGUUUUCAAAAUAGAUGGAAGGGAGUGAUUAAGAAAGCGGUGGGAGAAGGGGUGUUUUUGGAGGCUGCCGCCUAUCCAGUUUUUACCACACCAGCGGGACAAGCGGCGUGGGAACCCUUAGAUUGGAAGAUAUUAAAGGAGACUAAGCAAGCUGUUACCCAGUACGGGUUAACUUCUCCUUAUAUGAGAGCAUUAAUAGAACACUUGCUCACAGCAAACUUGUUAACUCCGUAUGAUAGCAAACAAAUUGUUCAAAUGUUGCUUGGUCCCUCACAAAGGCUUCAAUUUCUUAGUACCGGGCAGCAAUUAUGCGAUCAGGCAGCCGCUGAGCCUCGCCCGCAAGGAGAUCCCUUGCAAGGGGUACAAACGCAAAUGUUAAUGGGCUCUGGUCCUUUUGUGCGCGCGGAUUGGCAGGCUACUUUCACAGUACCUGUUUUACAGUUGAGCCAACAGCUAGCGCAAAAGGCUUUAUUAGGCAUUCGGGAAGAAAAAACCGUGCCAGCAUUUAUGUCCAUCCGGCAAGGGUUGACAGAAUCAUACUCCCAAUUUAUUGACAGGCUGCAUACUGCUAUUUCCGGUCACCCAGAUCUUGACAAAACCAUGAAAGCGAAAUUUUUAGAUUUACUUGCCUUUGAUAAUGCUAAUGACCAAACUAAGAAGGCCCUUAGUACUCUCCCACGGGGAAGCACUACUGCUCAAUUGCUAGAGACUGCGGAACGGGUUUUAGCAAACAGCAAGGCGACAGUUAUGACUGCUGCUGUUGGAGCCGCGGUGCGUCCGCUUAUACAGAAAAAGGGAAAGGGAAAACAGGAUAAGAGGUGUUAUAACUGUAAAAAGUCGGGUCACUUUCGCAAGGAAUAUAGAAGCGCGGGUCAACGACAGCAGCAAAAAAUGGUGCAGUAA